AGACAGAGAUUGAGACAAGUAGAGUAAAAUAAAACAAAGGACGGUAAGAAAGGUAGAGGCCGAAGCAGGUUUUGUGGGAUUACAUGCAAAACAAAAAAAAGCACUUAAUAUGACGAAUAUAUCAAUGAAGCAUGUUUUACAAAUUACAACCAUUGUUCUCUAAGGAUAAACGACGAAGCCUCAGCGGAAAUAUCCAUGUUCAAAACAACCUAGGAUCUUCAAAAAACUAUAAAAUUAAUUAAUUAAUUUUUUUUCUUCAUUUUCAUUAUUAUCACCAAAAGUCAUUGCCAUCAUCAUAUGCAAAUGAAAUCUUCAUCUGCUCCCAAAUUCCAGUUCAGAGACCACUCACUCCCGGGUUCACGAAACUCUAUACAUUCGUCAGAGCCGAGCUCUGACGAUGUUGUUUCCGUCCUCUCACUCUCUAAUUCUAAUAUCAGUACUGAUCAACCGGAUGCAAAUGCCAAACUUGAUAUUGAAUCCAUCACUGGAAGGGGCAUCAAACAUCUGUGUGAUGAACUUCAAGAGCUCAAGGAAGCAGCAAAUCUAGAUUUACACAAAAAUAUCUUUGCUAAUUAUUCCUCAUUCCUUAGAAUACUAGAGGAAGUGACAGGAGUGGAAAAUGAGCUUGUGCAACUAGAAAACCACUUCUUAUCCCAUCAAAUGUUAGUUAAUGAUCUUAAAGAUCGCAUAUAUCCUAAGAUACUGUCCAUAAAUUCAACCAUUGAAGAAUCUAUAGAUAUUGUUGAACCAUUGCCACCAAGCGAAUUAGAAGCUCAUAUCAAUGAUGUGUUAGAGAUGCUGGAUAUUCUCAUGUCAGAAAACAAACUAAAUGAAGCCUUACAACUUCUAGAAUCUGCAUAUGAAGAUGAAGCCCUCUCUAACACUAUGAUUUCUGAGAAAAAGUCCAUGCUGAUAAAACAGUUGAUUCAGAUGGUUGAAAAUGGAAGAAUAGAAGGACCGGAACAAAAAAGUGCACUAACUACACUUUGCAGGCUUGGUGAUACUCAACUUUCCAUUCAUCUAUUGCUUAAAUAUUACCAUUUGUGUAUUGUAACUGGAAAAAAUAAUUUGCAAUGGUCAAAUUCAUCAUUAAAUGAGAUAUAUAUCAGAAAGCUUGCAAGGUUUGUGUUUUCUAAGAUCUCACAAGCGGCUAAGAGCUUUGCGAUGUUAUGUGGAGAAAAUUCUCCUUAUGCCUCAGAACUUAUAUUGUGGUCAUGUGAAGAAACAAUGUCAUUUAUUACUUGUUUUCACAAAUUUGUUAAAAGCACAUCAGAAGUAAGUGUUGGUCUGUCCUCUGCCAUAAAGGCUUUGAAGUUUGCAGUUUUGUACUGUUCUUUGUUACAUAAAAAUCAGAAGUUAGUGCUGCUGCCAUACUUGGUAAAGCAUCUUUUCCCCUGCAUGGAAGAAGUUUUGAAUACACACAUAAACCAUUUUAAGAAAGUGAUUCUCAUAUUCUCAGUAAGCGAUUCUUGGAUUUUAGAGAAAUACCUUGUGUCUGGAGUGUUUGGUGGAGCUGGAUCUUCAACAGAACAACCUGAUUAUUGUCUGCUAACUUCUAGCGGUCGGAAGGUUCUGACACUAUUGCAGGCCAUUGCAGAAGACAUUUCUGCGUUAAUUGCUCUUGAAAUGGGAAGUCUAGUCAUUACUGGACUCAAGAACCUCUUUAUUGAGUAUAUUAUCAUACUUGAAAGAGCUAUUACUUAUGAAACAAGUGCAAUGGAGCAAAGUAGUCCUAGAAUCAAGUUAGCUGAGUCACUGACACAACAGGUUUCUAUUCUGGCCAAUCUGUCAACAUUGGCGCAGUUUCUUUCAACUAUGGUCAUAGAUAUCUUUAGCAGCAGAAGCACUAGUCACAUGGAUUCACAAGUAGUGGAGAACCACUCAGUUGUUCAUCAUAAUCAAGAACUUGAUGAUUUCCUAUUGUUUAUUGAAGAGGGAUCCAAUAAGUUGAGAAAUGUAUUUUGCAAACAAUUAAUCCUCAGAGUGUUGUCUACUUGCAGUAAUCAUGAAAUAUUUUCUGCUAUUCACUAUAAUGACCAGUUUGAUACUAACAUGAUCCACAAUCCAAUGCCCUCUGCAAUAUUUCAGGCUUUAUUUCUUGAACUGAGGAAAAUUGAAAAACUUGAAGAAGAAAAUGUGUUUGAAGUGAAUUGGCUGAUGGAAUUACUGAGAGAGGUGAUGGUGUACAUGUUUAUUUCGGUUUCUAAGAACAAAGAGAUCAAUGCAACAGCAGAAGAGUGUGUUAACUUACAAACUGAUGAGGCCGAACAGUUUAUUUUGGAUGUGCAAUUCCUAGUGGAAAUUGGAAUGUAUGGAGGGUACUUCUCCACUGAUCCUUUGCUCCUUCUCACUGUCAUGAAAUCAACCUUUAACUCAGCUGGACUUGACCCUUUCAAAGAUGCAGAUAAUGAUGAUUGGGCUAUAGAUGUUGCUACUAAAACAAUUCAAAAGCUGAUGGAGAUUGAGAAAACAAUUUUACAUCCAAAAGAGUCUAUAGUUACCAUCAAAGACGAGCUACAAGAACAUGAAAACCAAAUGAACCAAUCUGCAUAUGAAUAUAAUUUUUCGGAUGUAGGUGAUAGAAAUUCUUUAGAGGAUAAAGUAGACUCAGAGGAGCAUGAGUCCGAAGUUGCUAUUGAUGCAGAAACGGAUUCAUCAACAUUUAGUCCUAGGGAGGGAUCAUUAGAAGAGAGAGAUUAUGUUUAUACAGACAGUGUAAAUAUGAGGCAAGUUAGUAUCAGUUAUGUGCAAUUAGAGAAUACUGAUUUUGAAAAGGAAGCAGAUGCAGAAAAUGAUGAAUUGACUCCUGCACCUUCCCUGGGUGUGGUAGGACAAAAUUCUGAUCAAGCUGAAUAAAAAUCAGAGAAGAGUCCAAUAAUUGUAUAAUUUCUUCAUAAUAUAUUUACAUAAUUUUAGUUUUC